CAUCCCGGCCGGGAGAGUUGAAGCCGCGCGAGUUAAAGUUGGCCGAAAGGACGGCUGAACGAUGCUGGACUGUCCGGUUACGCGGAGAGGAUAACAUCUGAUUUACUCACCUAAGCGGGGGCUGUCUACCGGAAAGAAUGGGCAUCAAAAUUCUUGGCCCGUGCCUCUUACUCUUUCUCGCUUUUCAGCAUUGCUCCUCACGGCCAUGCUUAGAUCCACUCAUCUCUCCUCUCUAUGCGUCCUCUUUCCACGCAUCCUCUAGAUAUAACUUUCUUUACUCUGCACACUUUGCCAAACUGUAUGGGAGUAGUGGGUGGUCUCCGUCCCCUCGGGACAGGCAGCCAUGGAUGCAGAUUGACUUGGGGAGGAAGUAUCGUAUCAUGGCUAUUGCUACUCAGGGCACCUUUAAUUCCUAUGACUGGAUCACCAAAUACACGCUGCUGUAUGGCGACCGAUUCGAUGCGUGGACUCCAUAUGUCAUGAAAGGAGGCAACAUGACGUUGCCUGGCAACUGGAAUUACUACCAGGUGAAGAGGAACGUCUUUCAUUAUGCAUUCACUGCCAAACAUCUGCGCAUCUACCCCAUGGGAUGGAACACUGACAACGGAGGCAAGAUCGGCCUUCGGCUAGAGGUCUAUGGCUGUGCUUACGACUCAUAUGUGAUGCAGUUUGAGGGGGAUGAUAUGGUGGCAUACUCAUUCCCACGGGGCCGGAUGAGGACACUUCAGGACCACUACGCUUUAAACUUUAAAACCUUGGAGAAGGAUGGCGUUCUUCUGCACAGUGAGGGCCUGCAGGGAGACUCCAUCACGCUAGAGCUGAAGACUGGACGGCUAUACGUACACAUCAGCCUGGGGAGCAGCACAGUUCAUAACACAAAUGGCAUGACUACAAUGAGGCUGGGCAACCUGUUGGACACCCAGCACUGGCACUAUGUCACCAUCAGACGCUAUGGCCGAGAGGUUAACUUCACUCUGGACAGCCAAACUGAGACCACCAUCCUCAAUGGAGAGUUUCAAUACCUUGACCUGGACAAACAGAUUUAUGUUGGCGGGGUGAUUGAGAAAGAUGUACCCCACCUCCCUGGUAAGGUAAACUUUCGUGGCUGCAUGGAGAACAUCUUUAUCAAUGGAAUCAAUGUCAUCUACAAGACAAAAUACCAGGAGCCUGAAAUUCGACUUGCUCCUAAAAAGAAAAAGAUGCAUUAUACGUGCCGUGACCUUCUCUGGAAGCCCAUGACCUUUGCAGGGCCCAACAACUACCUGCAGCUACCUGGGUUCUUCCGGAAAAACCGUUUGGCGGUGAAGUUUAAGUUCCGCUCCUGGGACUACACAGGGCUGCUGAUGUUCACCAGGUUUGCAGAUGAUUUGGGCUCGCUGGAGCUGGGACUGAGUGAAGGACAGGUCAACGUCACUCUCAUGCAACCUGGGAACAAGAGAUUACGCUUUGCUGCAGGAUACCGUCUAAAUGAUGGCUUCUGGCACACGGUGGACCUGACUGCCAAAGACAACUUGCUGACUAUCACUAUUGACGAGGACGAGAGUUCACCAUUGAAGAUCACCAACCCCUUCACAGUUCGCACAGGAGACCGCUACUUCUUUGGAGGUUGUCCUAAAACCAAUAACACAGUUCGCUGCGUUACCAAGCUGUCUCGCUUCCACGGCUGCAUGCAGCAGAUCUUUAUAGAUGAUGAGCCAGUGGAUAUAGAUAUCAUGCUGCAGAGGAAAUGGGGCAGAUACGCCGAAGUGCUGCUGGGCACAUGCGGGAUCACUGAUAGGUGCUCUCCGAACCCAUGUGAACAUGAAGGCAGGUGUAUUCAGUCCUGGAAUGACUUUCUGUGUGUGUGUAACAACACAGGCUACAAGGGGGAAGUUUGUCAUAACUCGGUGUACAGAGAGUCAUGUGAAGCUUACAGACUGAAUGGAAAGUACUGGUCAGGCAACUACACUAUAGAUCCAGAUCUGAGCGGUCCUCUGAAGCCUUUCACUGUCUACUGCAAUAUGUUGCAAAAAUCAUGGACCGUAAUUGAGCACAACCGAAUGAAGAGCACCAAGGUGUGCGGGUCCACUGUGGAUCGGCCGUAUAUUGGGGAAGUCCAGUAUGUAAAUGCAUCGUGGGAUGAAGUCACUGCUUUAGCAAACACCUCAUUAUACUGCGAACAGUGGAUUGAGUUCUCAUGCUACAAGUCUCGCCUCCUCAAUACUCCACAUGGAAGGCCUUAUACUUACUGGAUUGGUCGACAUAAUGAGAGUCAUGAAUAUUGGGGCGGAGCUUUCCCUGAGAGUGGAAAAUGUGGAUGUGCUGUCAAUCAAACCUGCACUGAUUCAAAGUACUGGUGUAACUGUGACGCUGACUACCGACAAUGGCACUCGGACAAGGGCUACUUGUCAUUCCGAGACCACCUGCCAGUCAGGAGGAUUGUCAUUGGGGACACUAACCGCACCGGUUCAGAGGCUCACUACAGUGUCGGAGCACUGUAUUGCCAUGGAGACAGAAGUAUCUGGAACACCAUAGCCAUCACAAAGCCCACAUAUCUGACCUUCCCCACCUUCAAGCCCGGCACCAGUGCCGACAUCACAUUUCACUUCAGGACCUACCGCACUAACGGAGUGUUUCUGGAAAACUCAGAUGACCACCUUCGGAAUUUUAUCCGAAUAGAACUCAACUCUACAACUGAGGUGCUAUUCAUCUUCAUGGUGGGUGACGGCAUUAGGAAUGUGACCCACCGCUCUCCUAAACCUCUCAAUGAUAAUGAAUGGCACUAUGUGGAGGCUGAAAUCAAUGUGAAAUUGGCACGUCUCAAAGUUGAUUUUUUCCCUCCUGCCAUACACAAGUUCCCAGGCCAGACUUACAUCACCAUGAAGUUCACACAACCCCUGCUUGUAGGUGCGGCCAAUCACACUUUAAGGCCUUUUCUGGGUUGUUUACGGGGGCUGCGGAUGAACGGGGUGCCUGUGGAUUUGGAGGGGAAGGUUGACGAGAGAGCUGGAAUACGGAGGAACUGCACUGGAGCGUGUCUGAACACCUCCAUACCAUGUCGAAACGGAGGCCAGUGCAUUGAUGGGUAUGCUUCAUAUGCUUGUGACUGCAAUAACACAGCCUUCGACGGCUAUUACUGUCACUUAGAUAUCGGGGCAUUCUUUGAUGUGGGAGCAUGGCUACGCUAUGACAUUCGUAAAGAGCCGAUUUCCUUUGAUGCAUGGUGGGCAAACUUCUGGAUAGAGCCUCACUGGCACAACUUCACCCUCGGCUACAACACAACAACUGAUGACAUAGAAUUUAGCUUCAGCACACUACAGGCCCCAGCUGUGCUGCUGUAUAUCAGCUCCUUUGGCAAUGAUUACAUCGCUGUCCUGCUCAAAAAAGAUGGUACUUUAUCACUGAGGUACCGGCUUGGUAUAAUAAGUUAUAAAUUUAAGUUGACUGAUAGAAACAUGGCGGAUGGCUUCCCUCAUUUUGUCAACAUCACAAGACACAACUACACCGUAUGGACACAGGUGGAUUACAUGGAUCCAUGGGUUGAGAAGUUAAUACCAGGAGAGAUUCCAAGAUUUGACUCACCAAAGUCUAUAUUCUUGGGCAGAGUCAUGGAGGUGGGAGGUGUAGAUUACGAAAUUCAGAGGCACAACAGUCCAGGAUUUAUGGGCUGUAUAUCAGGGGUCCGCUACAACAUUUUCGCCCCGCUGAAGGUUUACUUCCGUCCCAAUGUAACCAACCCACCCGUGACUACUCAAGGCUAUGUGGUGGAGUCUAACUGUGGGGCAUUUCCCCCUGUCUUAGGAUAUGUCCCUUGGGAGGAUGACCCCUGGUUCACUGGGCUGUUCUUCCAUUAUAUUCAUGAUGAUGUGACCCCACCUUGGAUGACAUUAAUAGUGACCGUGUCUCUGAUGUUGCUGUUCCUGAUCCUUUACGGCCUCUACAUUUACUUGUACAGGUAUAAAGGCAGUUAUCACACUAAUGAACCAAAACAGCUGGAGUCUCCCAGCUCCGCUCGCCCCCUCACUGACACUCUACGCAAGGAGAAAAAGAACCUGCCAGAAAUAGAGGAGAGUCCCAAGGAAUAACACACAACUACAGUAUGAAAGAUGACUGGAUGAAAGGAGGGGAAGACUGAACACUGAGGACUGAGUCACAAAUGGGAUUUUCUUAUUUCUCUUUUGCCUUUAUAGUAAUGUAACUGUAUAUUUAUUUUUCUUUCCCAUUAUUUUUACAGUGUGUUCUGAUAUUUAGUGCUUUUGGCAGGGUUCAAAGCGAGCAGGCUAAAGAUACUUUACCAUCCAAUCAAUGAGCACUGGCAGUGCAGGCCAACUGAAGUGCCUCAGCAACAUUACAGGAAACUUUGAAACUACAUAACACUACAAAAAUCAUUAAUCAGUAUUUCUUCUUAUUUUCCAGUAAAAAUAUCUAAACAUCAUUAAAAUAAGACACAUUUACUAAAGAUAUAAAGAUAUAUAUAUAUUUUUUUACCUCAUUGGCAAUUGUUUUUCUUGUUUUAAUUUUAAAGCGUACAAAAUGAAAUUUAGGCUUAAAAUAAGAAAAAAAAAUUCCAAUGAGAAAAAGUCUUAAUAUCUCAUGCAAUUUUGCUUCUCAAAUAAAUUGAUCUUGUUUUAAUGAUGUGUGGAGAUUUUUACUAUAAAACAAGACUGUAAAUCAAUAUUGAUUAAAGAAAAGUGAUUUUUGUAGUGUGUACUGAAUGAAGUGAUCAUUUUGACUCAGAAGUAGUGUAGAUUUAAGCGAGUUUGAUAGUCAUGUUGUUUUGAUGAGAGAGCAAAAUGCACAAAGACAACCUUAAAGAGGAAAAUGUGUUGAAGAUGAAGAUAUGUUUACACAUAUCUGUUGCAUCAUCACUCAAACUUCAUUAAUGUAAAGUAUGAAAGUUUUAGCUAUAGCUGGAUCCAAAACAUUGCUUGGAAAUAGCUCAGAAACAUUGCUGUUAAAUGGUAUUUAAGUACCUAUUUGUUAUUAGUACACACGACAUGCCUAAAACAUGUUACAGUGCUUAAAAGAGUUGGAGAGUCAAAUGGCAUUGAAUAUCUUCAGCUUCUUCUCAAGAGCACAACGAUUGAAUUUAAAUGUGCUGAACAAUGUUCUUUUGGGUAAAUCUAAUUUCUGUGGCAUAUUUAAAACAACAGAACAGUGUUUGCAUUUGUGUACUUCUUGGUGACAAUUCUUAGUUUUAGCAUUCAUGAAGAUUUUGACAUUUGAAAUCUUUUCCUAAAUAUAACACAAUGGGAAACGUCUAACCAUCAGCCAAAUUAUCAGACGUGAUCACGGGUUGGUAACAGUUUUCACGAUGCCACAGUGGAAUAAAAUAUAGAGAUGAAAACGAAAAGCUUAUAACUAAGAAUACAUAUCCUCCUUAUCGCUGCUAAUUCAAAACACACACAAGCCUUUCCAAGCCAUUAUCUGUUGACCAUUCUCAAGGAAUUUCAACACUAAAGUUGAUAGUUGAUAAAGGGAUAGUUCACCCAAAAAUGAAAAUUCUCUCAUCAUUUUCUUACUCAUGCCAUCUCAGAUGUGUAUGACUUUCUUUCAUCUGCUGAACACAAACGAAGAUUUUUUAGCAGAAUUUCCCUGCUCUGUAGGUCCAUACAAUACAAGUGAAUGGGUGCCAACAUUUUUAAGCUCCAAAAUCCACAUAAGGGCAACAUAAAAGUACUCCAGACAACUCUGAUGGUUAAAUCUAUAUUUUCUGAAGCGAUAAGAUAGGUGUGGGUGAGAAACAGAUCAAUAUUUAAGUCCUUUUUCCUUCACUUCCACUUUCUCAUUCUAUUUUUGGUGAAUCACAUUCUUCAUGCAUAUUGCCCACUUCUGGCAGGAAGGAGAAUUUAUGACAAAAAAAGAACUUAAAUAUUGAUCUGUUUCUCAGCCACACCUAUCAUAUUAUGUCUGAACACAUGAAUUUAACCACCGGGAAACCACUAAAAGUAUGGAUUACUUUUAUGCUGCCCGAUUUUGGAGUUUCAAAAUUUUGGGACCCAUUCACUUCAUUUGUGAUCUUCAUUUGUGUUCUGCAGAAUAAAGUCAUACACAUAUGGAAUGGCAUGAGGGUGAGUAAAUGAUGAGAGAAUUUUUAUUUUUGGGUGAACUAUCCCUUUAGUGAAAUCAAGAAGAAUCAGUUUAUAUUGUAGAAACCCUACACGAAUAGAGACAGGGAAAGCUUUAUUGUGUCAGUCAGAGUUUGUCAGAUGCCACAGAUGGGUGUGACUGAAGUGUAAGCUUUGUCGCUUUCUGUCUGUUCAAGAAAAUUAUUUCUGCAGGCAAUAACAGAAUGUAAUUUAUUGUUAUAAUAGCAUACAAUAACAUGUCUUCAGUUCAAUCUACAUCAUAUUCAUGUCAUUUCAGAUGAAUAUCUGAACAUCUUUGAAUUCUGUUUGGUUACUGACAUGAUACAGAGCAGUUCAGCACAAGUGAAUGUCGCAUGACAACAGUGUGUUUUCACACAUCCCAGAGAAACAGUCUGCGAAUGGAAGACACCCAUGUAAAAAGUCCUUUUUUUAAAUUCAACCAUGCAUUUGCUGUAGGACACCACUAUUGCUGCUGCAGCUUAUUAGCUGCUUUUUAUGGUGGUCCAAUCCAAAGCUUAGAGCAGUGUUUCUCAACCUCUUUUUGAUGAAUACCCCCCUACUUUAUUCCCUAACAUCCAUACCCCCAAAGCGAAGACUUUGUUGUACCAAAAAAAAAAAAAAAGAAAAAGAUAUAAAAUACAAAACUCAAUAUUUUUGUUAUUUGCUCAAUUUGCUCAAUGCAAUUUCGAUGCAUUGCAUAAUUUUAAAGUUGUGUUAAUAAAUUCAGCAGGCUUCACCAAGCAUGAAUGUGAGACCAAACCUUGCGUUUCUUGAAUUCAAGUAGAUGGAGGGCUAUAUCUGGGGCCUAUAAAAUGAAAAUGGAAGACAGAAACUCAUAAUAAAAGUGAUAUUGUUUUUUUGUUUUUUUUUUGGCCUUUUGAAGAUUAUUUAAUGACAGAGAAGAGAUUUUUUAAUGACUGGAGAAGAGAUAGGAAAUGACAGGGGAGAAGAGUGGGAAUGGGAUCGGGAAAGGACCUCACAAACCGGGACUCGAACUCGGGUCACCCGUGAUGCAUCAGCACCACGUGUCAUUAGCACAGCCCGCUAGUGAUAUAAUUAUUUAUUUUUAUAGUUUUAACAGUGUUAUUUGUAACAAGACUAUAGUCAGCACAUGGAAGCAUCAACUUCUACAAUGGUUAGAUGUAACAUGAUUCCUAUAAAACAAACUAUGGCAUUUUUGUAAAUAUAAACAGUAGACCUACACUAAACACAUGUAAAAACGAUAAAUACAAAAUAUACAUUUUUAUGAAUUUUAACAAAAAUUAUUAUAUUCCCUCACUCCCCUAAUGUAGCCUAUGACUAAUUUAAUAAUUAAUUUAAUAAUAAUUAAUAGAGCUGAUUUAACUAAUUUAAUAACCAAUUUAAUAAUCAUUAAUAGAGCUGAAGUAGUAUUAUGAUAAUAUUUAUUAUCAAUCUAUUUCUGCCUAAAGUACAGUUAGUGUUACUAUAGUAAAUUCAAGGGUGGUGAUGUAGAAUUCUGUGCCGAUUUCAAAUGGUUUCCGCUUCUCGAGCCUUGCUUCUCACAGAGCUGUGAGUUUAAGAGCUUGAACUUUAAGAGCUUUUCACUCGCGCUGCUCUGUCCAUUGAGACGUAUCCAUCUACAGAGUCAUACAGGUGCAUUAGCCAAGGUUGUGCCUCCACCUGUGUAUUUGAUGCUGCUAAACCAGAUACUUCAGAUGCGUCGCUAGACUUCAAAAUCAGAUGAACUGCAGUACAAAUGCAUUCCAACCCGUAUAAUUGAGAACCAACUGAUAUACUCCAAGUCUAGAUAAACGUUUUAAUGCAAAGAGGAACUUGACGAUAGAUUUGAUUAUUAUGAGUGAUAAACGCCCCCCAUUUGUAACCUAAUGACCCCCUCUCAACUAAUUUGCUCUCAGCGCCCCCUGGCAUCUUUUGAACGCCCCCAUUGAGAACCCCUGGCUUAGAGCAAUUGCAUCAUACUUUCUAGAGGUUGUAUUAGCUAUUUUAAAAAAGAGCAAAUAUGAUAGAAGAUAGGCCUACUGUUUAUAGAAUCUCUAGAAGCUAUGCAUUUUGCAUGACUACUGCACUUUUAAUCGAAAUGCAAUAAGAAAAAAAAAAGAAAAAAAAAAGAGAUCACAUAAUAUUCAUCCACAGAGUAUACUGUUUAUGUAUAUGUAUAAAUAAAGUGUACUUCUCUUUUUAUCAUUCUAAUUUGUAUAAUAAAAAAAAAUUAAAAAUUAAAAAUAAAAAAACAGGCAAGUGGGAGUAUUUUGUUUCGAUGUGUGUAGGAUGGAAAUGGCUGCUAUUCAUAAGCCCAGCUUUAACAUCUUGACCUCUGUCAGGUUCCUGUUGUAUCUUCUGUUUUGCUCUUUUAAUGUAUUUCUCAUUCCUUGACUCUCUCUUCUGAUCUCCCCUCUCAAGUCCUCUAAAUCAGAAGAAUAAAGACUUUGAAUUCAUUUUUACUUUGGAAAGUCUUAAAUUUAAAGAAUCAUAUGCUAUUUUAAUGUACAGUAAACUUGACAGGGACAAAUUCCUCUCAAAAUAUUUUCCUGAAAAGGACUAAUCAGUAAAAAAGGCCAUACAAGUUAUUCUGAUGGCAUCAAAUAUUGUAAGUUGAUGUUAAAAGAAAAAGUAAACCAUUUCCUUGCAACUUUCCAAUUUCCAAUUUUCACCCGCUGACCAAAUUUUUUCAAAUUUAAGUUAACGGUAAUUUUAACUAAUGGCUUGAGAAGAGAGUGGGCAGUCACUAUGUAAGUGUAAAUGAAAGUGAUGAAUUAACUUUAUUUGAGGAGUGGUGGUCAACACGAGCAGUGUUCGAAUUGAGUCAGAGCUCUUGGGGGGGUCCCUUUAUACCCUACCACCAUCUACCCCAUUUGAACUGAGUAAUUACGUCAGCGUACACAUGACUCCCCAAGAAUACCUACGAGAAUCCCUACCAAAAUAUUACAGAAUAAUUUGAUAUAUUGAUUAAAAUGAGUCAUUUUGAUAUUUUAAUGAGUUGUAAGACAAGCGUAAGAUGUUAGGCUUAAUGUUAAACUAUACAUUUUAGAAUUUAAAUAGGCCUAGUGGUCACCGUGGCUGAGAUGCAUAGUAUUUGGUAGAGUUUUAAAUAAGAAGUGGCUCUAUAGUAUUUAUUAAAUGAUCAAGAUGUUGGUUUAGAACUCUGUUGUGGCUAUUGUUUACACUGCAAAAAGUGUAUGCCAGACAGCUUGCAUAUUUAAAAAUUCUGAGGGAGAGGCGCUCAUCAAAGGCGCAGCAGAAGAAAUGCAGAAGAAUAUUUCACCACAUAAACAUAAGUGUAAUAACUUUACAAGUGUUUUAUUGUGAGCCAACAUGUAGUGUUUGAUAAAUACUGGCCAAUCUACAGGUGCAUCUCAAUAAAUUAUAAUGUCAUGGAAAAGUUAAUUUAUUUCAGUAAUUCAACUCAAAUUGUGAAACUCAUGUAUUAAAUAAAUUCAAUGCACACAGAC